AUAGGAUGUGCCCAUCAGUGUGCCCCCUUACAUUAGAUGUCACCAUCAGAGUGCAACUUUACAUCAUGUAUUCCCAUCACAUCAGUUUGCCACUUUUCAUCAGGUAUCCCCAUCACAUUGCCACUUUACAUCAGGUAUUCCCGUCAGAGUGCCCCUUACACUCAAAGUACCCCUUUCCAUCAUAUUUCCCCAUCAGAGUGCCCCUUUACAUCAUAUUCCCCAUCAGAGUGCCCCUUUCCAUCACAUGUGCCAAUCAGUCUGCCCCUUUCCAUCGGAUGUGCCCAUUUGUGCCCCCUUAACAAAACAGGUGCCCAUCAGAGUGCCCCCUUAACAUAAAGGAUGCCCAUCAGAGUGCCCCUUAACAUUAAAGGUGCCCGUCAGCGUACCCCUUAGCAUAAAAUGGGCCCGUCAGAGUGCCCCUUAGCAUAA